AUGAGCGGCACCGAUUUCCUCGGCCGCGCUAUCGACGUGGUCAAAAAGGCAAUCGACAAGGACACCAACGGCGACUAUGAAAGUGCCUACCAGAUGUACUACCAGGCUCUCGAGCUGUUCAUGCUGGCGCUGAAGUGGGAAAAGAAUGCAAAGUCGAAGGAGAUGAUCCGCGCCAAGGUGGGCGAGUACAUGGAACGCGCCGAAAAGCUCAAGAACCACCUUGCCGAGAAUGACACCAACAACCAAAAGAAACCCGGCGCGAUAGGCGCCAACGGCAAGGUCGCUGGUGGCAGUGGGAAGGGCCAGGGUGGGGACGACGAGGAAGACGCCGACUCCAAGAAGCUGCGCGGUGCGCUCGCUGGCGCCAUCCUGUCGGAAAAACCGAACGUCAGAUGGGAAGAUGUUGCUGGCCUGGACCAGGCCAAGGAGGCGCUGAAGGAGGCGGUGAUAUUACCCAUCAAGUUCCCCCACCUGUUCACGGGCAAGAGGCAGCCGUGGAAAGGUAUCUUGAUGUAUGGCCCACCCGGUACUGGUAAGAGUUACUUGGCCAAGGCAGUCGCCACCGAGGCGAAUAGCACUUUCUUCAGCGUCAGCAGCAGUGAUCUGGUCUCGAAAUGGAUGGGCGAGAGUGAACGUCUGGUCAAGCAAUUGUUCAACAUGGCAAGAGAGAACAAGCCGUCAAUCAUCUUCAUUGAUGAGAUUGACGCGCUGUGCGGUCCUCGCGGGGAGGGUGAGUCGGAGGCAUCGAGACGCAUCAAGACCGAACUCCUGGUGCAAAUGGAUGGUGUUGGCAAGGACUCGAAGGGCGUCCUGAUCCUUGGCGCAACAAAUAUUCCGUGGCAGCUCGACGCGGCCAUCCGGAGACGUUUCCAGAGACGUGUCCAUAUCAGCUUGCCCGAUCUUCCUGCACGAAUGAAGAUGUUCGAGCUUGCAGUCGGCACCACGCCGUGCCAGCUGAAGCCUGAAGACUUCAGGGAGCUUGGCAGACUGAGCGAGGGAUACUCCGGUAGCGACAUCAGCAUCGCCGUGCAAGAUGCGCUGAUGCAGCCAGUGCGGAAGAUCCAGACGGCAACGCACUACAAGAAGGUUGUGGUGGACGGUCAGGACAAGCUCACCCCUUGCUCGCCGGGCGACGCUGGGGCAAUGGAGAUGCAGUGGACUGAUGUUGAGUCUGACCAGCUGCUGGAGCCUCCGCUCAUGCUGAAGGACUUCAUCAAGGCGAUCAAGAGCUCAAGACCCACUGUCAGCGGGGAAGACCUCACGAGAAAUGCGGACUGGACCAAGGAGUUCGGUAGUGAGGGCAACUAA